UCCAGAGUAGGGCUAACUCAAGGGGGAAGCCAGAGGAUCCUGGGGGUGAGGGGGACGCGGUGGUGCAGGGCUCAGCCACUGCCUCUAAGAGACACCCUUCCGUGAUGAGAAGGAGAGAGCUUUGGAGAGAGAAGCCUGAGAAACCUACAGGCCGGUGGAGCUUUUCAUCUGGGACCCUUCCGAGCCCAGGAGAGAGCAGUCUGCCUCCCUUCUGUGCGAUGGCCUCGGUGAAGACUUAUUUGACCAAGUUCAAGUCCUUCGUGAUUUUGUUCUUCUCCCCGAUCCUGCUGCUUCCACUCAUCAUUGUGGUACCUGACAAGUUUGUCAGGUGUGCCUAUGUCAUCAUCCUCAUGGCCAUCUACUGGUGCACAGAUGUCAUCCCAGUGGCUAUCACCUCCCUCUUGCCUGCCUUGCUCUUCCCACUUUUAAAGAUACUGGACUCCAAGCAGGUGUGUGUCCAGUACAUGAAGGACACCAACAUGCUGUUCUUGGGUAGCCUCAUUGUGGCCGUGGCUGUGGAGCGCUGGAAACUGCACAAGAGAAUUGCCCUAAGAAUGCUGCUCUUUGUGGGGACCAAGCCCACCAGGCUGAUGCUGGGCUUCAUGUUCGUCACGGCCUUCCUGUCCAUGUGGAUCAGCAAUACUGCCACCACAGCCAUGAUGAUACCCAUUGUGGAGGCCAUGCUGGAGCAAAUGGUAGCCACAAAUGCAGUUGUGGAUGCCUGCCAGGGGACGCUGGAGCUGUCAGACAAGAACAAGGCCGGCGAGUUUCCAGGAAACCAGGUGAUAUUUGAAGACCUCACUGCGCAGAAGCAGGAGGAUGAAGACACAAAGAACAUGUACAAGGCUAUGAACCUAUGUGUGUGCUAUGCAGCCAGCAUUGGGGGUACGGCCACCUUGACCGGGACGGGACCCAACGUGGUGCUCCUGGGCCAGAUGCAGGAAUUGUUUCCUGACAGUAAAGACGUCAUGAAUUUUGCCUCUUGGUUUGGAUUUGCCUUCCCCAACAUGCUGAUCAUGCUGGUGCUGUCCUGGAUGUGGCUCCAGUUCUUUUACAUGAGAUCCAAAUUUAAAAAAUCUUGCAUCUGCUGCGGGCUGAAGAGAAGGAACAACGAGAAGGUUGCCUACAAGGUGCUGCAGGAGGAGUACAGGAAGCUGGGGCCCCUGACCUACGCCGAAUGCAAUGUUCUCUUCUGCUUCAUCCUGCUUAUCCUCCUGUGGUUCUCCCGAGACCCCGGCUUCAUGUCUGGCUGGCUGUCCAUUGCCUGGGAUGAUGGAAAAACCAAUUAUAUCACUGAUGCCACAGUGGCCAUCUUUGUGGCCAUCUUGCUUUUCAUUGUACCUUCACAGAAGCCCAAGUUCAACUUCAGCAGCCAGACUGAGGAAGAAAGGAAAACUCCGUUCUAUCCCCCAGCACUGCUGGAUUGGAAGUUCACCCAAGAUAAAGUGCCCUGGGGCAUAGUACUGCUCCUGGGGGGAGGAUUUGCUAUGGCAAAAGGAUGUGAGGCUUCUGGGCUGUCUGAGUGGAUGGCGAGACAGAUGGAACCCUUGAGCUCAGUGAGACCGGCUGCCAUUACCUUGAUCUUGUCCUGUCUUGUUGCUAUAACCACAGAGUGCACAAGCAAUGUGGCUACCACCACCCUGUUCCUGCCUAUCUUUGCCUCCAUGUCUCGCUCCAUCGGCAUCCACCCGCUGUACAUCAUGAUUCCCUGUACCAUGAGUGCGUCACUUGCCUUCAUGUUGCCUGUGGCCACCCCGCCUAAUGCCAUCGUGUUUGCCUAUGGACACCUCAAAAUUGUUGACAUGGUAAAAACAGGAUUAAUAAUGAACAUCAUUGGAAUCUUAAGUGUGUUUUUGUCAGUCAACACCUGGGGACGGUCCAUAUUUAACUUGGAUGUUUUCCCUGACUGGGCUAAUUUGACAAGUAUCAACACUUAGGAAGAGCCCCAAGAGCACAAGCAUUGGCCCCCCACCCUUUUGAGGACUUUGAACCUUCUGGCACACCUUGCACAGAACACUGGUGCUCAGACCCCAGUGUGAUCCAACGAUGCCAACACCCCAAGAAGACCUAGCCGACUAGCCACCUCUUUCUCCAGGCUCAGAUUCAGAGAUGGUAAUAGGUGACUGGAAGAUAGGUUUAGAAGAGGAACCAAGUCCCUUUGAAAGGCUGCAAAGCCCAUCUUCCCCAGGACCCUGCCAUGCCCUCUGGGACAGACAGGAAACAGGGACCAGGACUCAAGACCCUGUACCAUGUGACUUUGAAGGACUACUGGUCUCCUGCUGGGCUCUGGCUCUCACAUGCUUGUUCUCAUGGUGGCCACAUGGGGAUCAGACCACCAGGAUGAGAGCCCAGCCCCUGUGCCUCUUCUGCUCUGUCACUCUGAAGGGACUUCCCAUCCAGGACUGAACUCUGAUCUUGAACAGCUUCCCACUGCCAGAGUGAGGGCUGGAGUUAAGGUCUCCUGAAGACUUGGACCCUACCUGGUGCCAUCACCAAAGGCUGAGCCACCUGCGGUGCUAACAUCACAACAUGCCUGCUCACCCUUGGCUGACAUGUCCCCUACUUGCCUUGUUUCAUAUUAAUUAACAAUUCAAAUCCCUUCCCCAGUUCCCACUGACUCCUAGAUCCCUUUAUUUUCUUGGACGGAAGCUGCUCAGCCCCCUGGCCAAGGCUCCUGAGAAAAACCUCUGUUUUUCCAGGGAGCUCAGUUUGAUUCUUCUGGGAAUGCUCUUCCUGCCAGCCUAGUACAGCUCGGAUCACACUCCGAGGAUGGACAACGGUGUCUCUUUGGGGGGUGGUAUCAAAGUGGGUUACCUAAGUCUCCCCUUGGCUAGACCCAGAGCAGAUUCAGCAGCUCAUCUCCAAGGACCGGGCCACUGCAGUUAGUCUAUCUGCUGGAGUCUGAGCUCCUCUGGGAAGGUCUUUCUGUUGCUGGCUGUAUGUUGUGGUCAAGCCUGGUGUCCACCAGAGCAUGGUUGAGACUGAGUGGUUUGUUGGUCCCUGAGCAGACAGGCCCUGCCAGAGUAAAUCAAUUGACCUGACAGUGUGGGAAAUUACUCCAGAACGUCCAUGGGAACCCAUAGGACCCCUGGCAUGAAAAGGAGAUAGGAGAGGAAGCUCUCCCUUGUCCCUCUGUGACACUCUCUUCCCUGAUGAAAAGAAGCUCUGGUGGGUAGAUAAGGUCCAUGGAUGUCAUUUUUCCAGGCAGAAGACAGCAUGGGGACCCCAGGAGUCCCCAUCAAAGACGACCAUUGUGCCUGGUUCCUUGAGAGGGAUAACUCCUGACCACGAUGUUGAAGGCUUACUCUUGUCAAAUACUCUGCUAUGGAAAGUUCCAGUGUGCUGACUGGUCUGUGAUUUUGUGCCUUGUGGGGAAGACAGAGGGAGGUAGAUGAAUAAACAGUUACUCUCUGUCCA